AAUAUUUUGCUACUGGUGACUGGUAUCAGGGAACACGCGCUAUUUACUAGAGGUGACACGUUUUACGUCAUAGCGACACCUGGUAUCUUCUAGUACGAGAGGAAUCCACGGGAAAGAACAGAGAAGACGCGUGUGUGAAGAGAGCAAACCCCGAGCAGCAGCAUGGCGAGAGAACAUCACCUUGCGCCUGCGGAGCGCCCUCAGGCCUACGCCGACGCCAUCUUCUCCAUUGUCGCCACUAUAAUGAUACUGCCCCUGUCGGGAGAGGCUGUAAAGGAGAUUGCUGAUGAAGAGAACCUGCUGACGGGUUUAGGAGAGAUGUGGUUCAAACUGCUGAUCUACGCGAUAUCGUUCUUUCUGGUCUCCUCUUCAUGGGAGGUGCAUACAUGGAUUUUCCGGAUGAUAGAGAAAGUUAAUGAGACUAUUGUGCUUCUGAAUUUGGGUGUCUUGAUGCUGGCAACCUUUGUGCCAUAUGCGUUUCUGAUGUUCGCCGAGCAUCCUAGGGAAUCGCUUUCCGUGGUGCUGUUCUGUAGCUGCGUGGCUAUUCAGGGCUUCUUCAUGCUCGCCAUAUUGUUGCACGCUCAUUCAAGACCCAACCUGUUGAAAAAGGAGUUUGUCCAACAAGGAAAAGAGGAAAUGAAAUUACAACGGACCCGCGCUACCAUCAAGGUGCUGAUCACGCCGAUCAUUUACCUCAUCGCCAUUCCAGUCAGUUAUGGAUCCAUCGAAGUCGCAUGGGCACUUCUUGUUCUGGCAGUACUGAAACCAAUAAUUUUCUUAAUUGUGGAUGCCAUCAUGAAAUGUGCCAAAGGCAAAGUAGAAGAAGGCACCAGUCUAUUUAAGAUGUCCCGUCUCUAUUCGGAGACAUCGGAUGUUUUCAGGACCGAUGGCUUCAGUGACGGCGUGUAUGCUAUCGUGGCCACCCUCAUCAUCCUGGACAUUUGUGUGAACAACGUUCCAGCCGAAGGGAUUUUAGACGUUCAUGGCACUUUGGCAGAGGCCCUCUCUCGUGAUGCCAGUGUGUUCCUGUCUUAUUCUGGAACAUUCGUGACAAUUUGUCUCCUGUGGUACCUGCAUCACUCCAUGUUCUACCACAUACGUGCACAGAACUUUCUGCUGCUGACCUUCAACAAACUGGCACUCAUGUUUGCUGGAUUUCUCCCAAUCGUUUUCAAGUUAACGGGAGAGUUUGGACACUUGGUGCGAAACAACAAUACAUCAGUAGCUGUGCAACUGAAUAGUGGCACGGUGUUUCUGGCCAGCAUCUGGCUCCUGGCCAUAUGGAUCACGGCUAUGUGUAAGAAAUCCGAGCUGCUACAUCCGUCUGCUCACGGCACCCACGACUGUGUUUUCAUGUUUCUGAACCUGCUCAUCUAUCCCAUUGUCAGUUUGGUGAUAUUUUGCGUCUGCUUUGCCGUUCCAGUGCCAUCUGUAGUGAUCAAUGGGGUACAGAUUGCCUUGAUUGCGGUCUUCAUACUUCUGAAACUUGUCCGUAACUGGACCCAGAGAUGCGUGGGUGAACAUGAUCCAGAGAAAUCCCCGGAAACCGACGUAGAACUCUCCGACUAUAAGGGACAGCCGUGUGGACCAAAGGAAGGGGGUCUAGAGGGGCAUGACAAUGCUGGCGCCGAAUCUGAGUCCACUUCCUUUUAA